AAGAAAGAAGAAGAAAAAAGGCAAAUGGGAAAUAAAUUAAAGGUGAGAGAGAGAGAGAGAGAGAGAGAGAGAGAUAAAGGGAAAGGGGCUGAGUAAGAAUUUUGGUGGCAAACAAUUUGGUCACGUCCAACGAUCCAGCUUCAAAAACUGCUGAAUCAUAGUCAUCCUAGAAAAAUAUACACAGAAAACAAGAGCAACACACACACACACACACAAAAAAAAAAAAAAAAGAAACAGAGAAAACAGAGAGAAAGAGAGAAAAAAACAAUGGCGAAGAAGGCGGAGAGCGACAACUACAGGAUGUUUAAAUGCUUCAACAGGAAGUUCAAGAUCAGCGAGGCCGGUCCACCUCCCGAUGUCAAGGAGGUAUUCAACACCUUCGCUCAUGGCGGAGAAUUCAUGGCGGCCGAUCAGCUCCUUCGUUUUCUGGUCGAUUUUCAGAGAGAGGUUGAAUUGACCUUGUCUGAUGCCCAACGGAUCGUACAGGAGGUUUUGCGUAGACGAAACGACGUCGCUGAACUUGGGAAGACGAUGCCCCCCGGCGGUCUUAAUCUUGACCAUUUCUUUCAUUUUCUCUUCCUCGAUGAUCUCAACGGCCCAAUCAAAACCGUGGUGCACCAUGAUAUGACAGCUCCAUUGUCACAUUAUUUCAUAUACACAGGGCACAAUUCUUACCUCACUGGUAAUCAACUAAGCAGUGAUUGCAGCGACGUCCCAAUUAUAAAGGCAUUGCGAAGGGGUGUGAGAGUCAUUGAAUUGGAUCUUUGGCCAUCUAACAAAGACGAUGUUAGUGUUCUUCAUGGAAGGACUUUGACCUCUCCUGUGCCACUAUUAGUAUGUUUGAAGUCCAUUAAACAACAUGCUUUUGAGAAAUCUCCAUACCCAGUUAUUAUAACUUUGGAAGACCAUCUCAACUCAGAUCUUCAAGCUAAAGUUGCAGAGAUGAUUACUCAGACAUUUGGAGAAAUGCUGUAUUAUCCUCAAGCUGAAUGCCUGGCAGAAUUCCCAUCACCUGAAUCUUUGAAAAAUAGAAUUAUAAUCUCCACAAAACCACCAAAAGAAUACCUUGAAUCAAAGCGUCUAAAGGAUAAAGGAAAUAUAUUUCAAGGUGGAAAAGAAUCAUCAUCAGAAGAAACAUCAGGACUGGAUACACCAGACCUUUCAGGUGAUUUGGAAGCUGAUUUCAGGAGUGACAGUGAUCAAGAUGAUGAAGACAGCAAUUCAUGCGAGCGCAAAUCAAACCAGACAGCAGGAGCAACUGAGUAUAAACGUCUAAUCACAAUCCAUGCGGGGAAACCAAAAGGUGGUCUGAAAGAUGCAUUGAGGGUUGUUAGUGAAAAAGUUAGACGUCUUAGUUUGAGUGAACAGUCCCUUGAAAAAGCUGCUUCAUCUCAUGGAACUGAUGUUGUAAAAUUCACACAGAAGAACAUACUCAGGGUUUACCCCAAAGGGACACGAGUCACCUCCUCAAAUUACAAGCCAAAUCUUGGGUGGAUGCAUGGAGCACAGAUGGUUGCAUUUAAUAUGCAGGGAUAUGGAAAAUCACUCUGGAUGAUGCAUGGUAUGUUUAGAGCCAAUGGACAGAGUGGAUAUGUGAAAAAACCUGAUUUUCUGAUGCAUAGGGGUCCGCAUAACGAAGUCUUCGAUCCUAAAAGAACUUUGCCAGUGAAAAAGACCUUAACUGUUAAGGUAUACAUGGGAGAUGGAUGGCGCUUGGAUUUUAGCCGAACACACUUUGAUACAUAUUCACCACCAGACUUCUACACCAAGGUCCAUAUUUUUGGAGUACCGGCUGAUUGUGCAAAGAGCAAGACAAAGAUAAUUGAGGAUGAUUGGGCUCCUGUUUGGGACGAAGAGUUUAAAUUCCCUCUGACUGUACCGGAGCUUGCUUUGCUUCGUAUUGAAGUAAGAGAGUAUGAUAGAUCUGAAAAAGAUGAUUUUGGUGGGCAAACGUGUUUGCCUGUCUCAGAACUAAAACCUGGUAUUAGAGCUGUAUCAUUAUAUGACAAAAAAGGUGAGAAAUUGAAAUCUGUCAGGCUGUUAAUGCGUUUUCAAUUUGUAUAAACUGUAUGAAUUAUUUUAAGAUUCAAGAUUCGUUUGCUUUUUUUUUAUUAUUAUUAUUUUCCUA